GCAUAUGCACUUAUAAGUUGCAGGGUAUGGUCCCUUCAAUUAUAUGAAGGGCAUGUGGUUCACAACUUUUGGUUAUAAUCAGUACUGCUCAAAGUUUGUUGUGCUGAGUUGAGGAGCACAAACUAUUCAACUCAAGCUCCAAAAAAUGGCUUACUUUGGGAACAUAAUAGGUGAAAUAUCAUGGAUUUGUCUGAAGAAUUUUGAUUUCAAUUCCUUAUGUUCACAAAGAAGCUUAAUAGACACUAUCAAUAUACUCUUUCUUUGUGUCUACUACACAUCUUUGCUUAUCACUUUAAUCAGAAAAAGUUCUACAAAUGAAAGCCAAAGAAAAAACUGGAUUUUCCUUAUUGUUUCAAUAUGUUGUGGUGUUAUUGGCAUUGCACUUUUCAGUAUUGGCUUGUGGAAUCUCAUAGUCAAAAGUGAUAACUUUGAGCAUUGGAGUAGCAUUAUCAUAGGAUUCAUUUGGAUUUCUUUUGCUAUUUCUUUGCUUGUUCAAAGAGUCAAAUGGAUUAGAAUAUUAAACAGUAUAUGGUGGGGAUCUUCUUGUGUAUUGGUUUCAGCACUCAACAUUGAAAUUCUGUUAAAAAAUCAUGCCAUUGAAACUUUUGAUAUCACAAUAUGGCUUGUACACUUUCUUCUUCUAUUCUGUGCCUUCAAAAAUCUUGAUUAUUUAGGAACUCAUAGUGUCCAAGAAUGUUUGUCUGAACCACUUUUAGCUCAAAAAAAUGAAACUAAACAAAUAGGAUUAGGCCAUGCUACAUUUCUCAACAAAGUGAUUUUCUCUUGGGUUAAUUCUUUACUAAGUUUGGGUUACUCAAAGUCACUAGCUCUAGAAGAUAUCCCUUCCCUUGUUUCUGAAGAUAAAGCAGACAUGAGUUAUCAAAACUUUGUGCAUGCAUGGGAGUCCCUUGUAAGAGAUAGGACAAAGAACAAUACAAAGAACUUGGUUCUUUGGUCUAUUGUCAGAACUUACUUAAAAGAAAACAUAUUAAUAGCAUUUUAUGCAUUACUAAGAACAAUUGCUGUUGUGGUUUCACCUCUAAUACUCUAUGCUUUUGUUAACUACUCAAAUAAAACUGAGGUAGAUCUUAAUGAAGGUCUUUCCAUAGUUGGUUUUUUGAUUCUUACAAAGUUGGUUGAGUCUUUCUCCCAAAGACAUUGGUUUUUUAACUCAAGAAGGUCAGGAAUGAAAAUGAGGUCAUCUCUAAUGGUGGCAGUUUAUAAAAAACAGCUAAAGCUUUCAAGUUCAGCAAGGACAAGACACUCGGCCGGCGAGAUUGUUAAUUACAUUGCAGUUGAUGCAUACAGAAUGGGAGAAUUUCCAUGGUGGUUUCAUAUAACAUGGACUAGUGCACUGCAACUUGUUCUGUCCAUUGUUAUUCUUUUCGGCAUUGUUGGUAUUGGUGCUCUUCCUGGUUUAGUCCCUCUUCUUAUAUGUGGACUUCUCAAUGUACCAUUUGCAAGGAUCCUACAAAAUUGUCAGUCACAGUUUAUGAUCGCGCAGGACGAACGUCUUAGAUCAACUUCAGAGAUUCUAAAUAGUAUGAAGAUCAUUAAGUUACAAUCAUGGGAAGAAAAAUUCAAGAGCUUAGUCGAGUCUUUACGCGAUAAAGAGUUCAUAUGGUUGUCAAAAGCACAGAUCAUGAAAGCUUUUGGAUCAUUUCUUUAUUGGAUGUCUCCUACCGUUGUAUCUUCUGUUGUUUUCCUUGGAUGUGCUAUUUCCAAGAGUGCACCAUUGAAUGCUGAAACCAUUUUCACAGUUCUUGCAACAUUGAGAAACAUGGGAGAACCUGUUAGAAUGAUUCCAGAGGCUCUAUCCAUUAUGAUUCAAGUUAAGGUUUCCUUUGAUCGUCUUAGUAACUUUUUGCUUGAUGAAGAACUAAACAAUGAUGGUAGUGGAAGAAACUUAAAGCAGUGUUUAGUUAAUGCUUUGGAAAUUCAAGAUGGCAACUUCAUUUGGGAUCAUGAAUCUGUGUCUCCAACUUUAACAGAUGUGAAUUUAGAAAUCAAAUGGAGACAGAAAAUUGCAGUUUGUGGACCAGUUGGAGCUGGAAAAUCAUCUCUUCUGUAUGCAAUACUUGGAGAGAUUCCCAAAAUUUCAGGAACUGUUAAUGUAGGUGGAACUCUUGCAUAUGUUUCUCAAUCUUCUUGGAUACAAAGUGGAACGGUUCGAGAUAAUAUACUCUUUGGAAAGCCAAUGGACAAAACAAGAUAUGAGAAAGCAAUUAAAGCUUGUGCCUUAGAUAAGGAUAUUAAUGAUUUUAGCCAUGGUGAUCUUACAGAAAUUGGUCAGAGAGGGAUUAACAUGAGUGGAGGACAAAAGCAAAGGAUUCAACUCGCUCGAGCAGUCUAUAAUGAUGCUGAUAUUUAUCUCCUUGAUGAUCCUUUCAGUGCAGUUGAUGCACAUACAGCUGCAAUACUAUUCAAUGAAUGUGUGAUGACUGCUUUAAGAGAGAAAACAGUCAUUCUUGUUACUCAUCAAGUGGAGUUUCUCUCAGAAGUUGAUAUAAUAUUGGUAAUGGAGGGUGGAAAAGUUAUUCAAUCAGGUAGUUAUGAGAAUCUCCUAACAGCUGGAACAGCCUUUGAACUACUUGUGAGUGCUCAUAAAGACGCAAUUAAUGAGUUGAAUCAAGAAGAUGAAAAUAAAAGAGGUUCUGAAAAUGAGGUUUUUUCUAGAAAUCAAAGUGAGGGAGAGAUUUCUAGUACCAAGGAUCUACUUGGAGCACAACUUACACAAGAGGAAGAAAAAGUGAUUGGUAAUGUUGGAUGGAAGCCAUUUUGGGAUUAUAUUAAUUAUUCCAAAGGGUCAUUCAUGUUGUGUUUCAUCUUAUUAGCACAAUCUGUUUUUAUGGCUUUGCAAACUGCAUCAACUUUUUGGCUUGCUAUAGCCAUUGAAAUUCCAAAAGUAACUAGUGCCAUUUUGAUUGGAGUUUAUUCAUUAAUUGCUUUUGCUAGUGCUGGUUUUGUAUAUCUAAGGUCUUACUUGACUGCAAUUCUUGGAUUAAAAGCUUCUAUUACUUUCUUCUCAAGCUUCAAUACAGCUAUUUUCAAUGCUCCAAUGUUGUUCUUUGAUUCAACUCCUGUAGGGAGAAUUUUAACCAGAGCUUCAUCAGAUUUGAGUAUCGUGGACUUUGAUAUUCCUUAUUCCAUCACCUUUGUAGCAUCUAUAGCUAUUGAAGUUCUGGUUAUAAUUUGUGUAAUAGUUUCAGUCACAUGGCAAGUUCUCAUUGUUGCUGUUCCUGCAAUGGUUGCAUCAAUAUUCAUUCAGCAAUAUUAUCAAGCAACUGCAAGGGAACUAAUACGGAUCAACGGUACCACGAAAGCUCCAGUCAUGAAUUUUACAGCUGAGACAUCACUUGGAGUGGUUACUGUAAGAGCAUUCAACAUGGUAGACAGAUUUUUCAAAAACUACUUAAAACUUGUGGACACAGAUGCUUCAUUGUUCUUUCAUUCUAAUGUGGCUAUGGAAUGGUUAGUUUUAAGGAUUGAAGCACUUCAAAAUUUGACUGUUAUCACUGCAGCUUUAUUGCUUGUUCUACUUCCUCAGGGAUAUGUAUCCCCAGGACUUGUGGGGCUGUCCCUUUCUUAUGCUUUUACAUUGACAGGAGCUCAAAUAUUUUGGACUAGAUGGUUUUCCAACCUAUCAAACUAUAUUAUCUCUGUUGAAAGAAUUAAACAAUUCAUUCACAUACCAGCUGAGCCUCCAGCCAUUGUAGAAAACAACCGACCUCCAUCUUCAUGGCCUUCCAAGGGAAAGAUUGAUCUUCAAGGCUUGGAGAUUAGAUAUCGUCUGAAUGCUCCAUUAGUCCUUAAAGGAAUCACUUGUACAUUUAAAGAAGGGAGUAGGGUUGGAGUUGUUGGAAGGACAGGAAGUGGAAAAAGCACACUGAUCAGUGCUUUGUUUCGCUUAGUUGAGCCUUCAAGAGGUGAUAUUCUUAUUGAUGGGAUGAACAUUUGUUCAAUGGGGUUGAAAGAUUUGAGAAUGAGGCUAAGCAUAAUCCCUCAAGAACCAACUCUUUUCAAGGGCAGCAUUAGAACAAACCUAGACCCUCUAGGCCUCUACUCAGAUGAUGAAAUAUGGAAGGCUGUAGAGAAAUGUCAGCUAAAGGAAACAAUCAACAAGCUACCAAGUCUCUUAGACUCUUCUGUAAGUGAUGAAGGUGGAAAUUGGAGCUUAGGACAACGCCAAUUAUUUUGUCUUGGAAGAGUUCUACUAAAAAGAAACAAAAUUCUUGUUCUAGAUGAAGCUACAGCAUCCAUUGACUCUGCUACAGAUGUCAUUCUACAAAGAGUAAUUAGACAAGAAUUUGCAGAAUGCACAGUUAUAACUGUGGCUCAUAGAGUUCCAACUGUAAUAGACAGUGAUAUGGUCAUGGUCCUAUCUUAUGGGAAAUUGGUGGAAUAUGAUGAGCCUUCAAAACUAAUGGACACCAACUCUUCAUUCUCUAAGCUUGUAGCUGAAUAUUGGUCUAGUUGCAGGAAGAAUUCCUUCCCAAAGAUUGGCAUGCAGCAGCAAUGAAUAAUUACUUUAUGUAAAAUAAAGUUUAUCAAAUAAAUUGAAGGAGAUUCAUAUCCAAAUAGUUAUGAGCCAAGAUGAAAGUUGGUCAAAUAAUGUGCUUCAAUUUAUAUAUAUAUAUAAUUACUAGAUUAUCAAUUAUAGAUCUUUGAUGUUUCAAUUUUGA